AUGGCCGGUCUCUCCCAAAAUGUGUUGAACAUGAAAUUCAUGAAAGGAGGGGACAAUAAGACCCCUCCCAGUAGCCAGCCUACCACAUACAAACGAGUCAAGGACCCCUCCGAGUGGUUUCUUCCUAACCGUGGGCAAGUUCAACAAAAGAUCAAACCAGCUAUGAAAGUCAGCACGGUUGGAUACGGAAGCAUAGCUUCGUUCACUGCUGAAGACUCUGAACCAGAAAAAGAAGAAGCCCAAGAUGCAAAACCAGCACUCAAGAAGGACAAAUCGCAAGAAGCUGAUGAAUUCCUCAAGGACAUCAUGGGCAAGUCCAAGAAGGGCAAGAAGCGGAAAGCCGAGAAAUCAGAGAAAUCAGACAAGCCUCCAAAAAAGAGCAAAAAGCCAAAGAAGCAAAACUCCUAA